AUGGACGUAACGCAGACGAAUGUGUCACAGAAGGAAAACCUGCACUGUGUUCUCCAAGAAACCUUGGUUCUCAUGGAUGAAGAGCAAGACACUACUCUAAAGAACGAUGAGCCGGCAGGCCAGCCACAAGUCGUUGAUGUCAACAUUAAGAAGGCAAUCAUUGAAGAAGAAGGACAGCAGCAGAGUGCCGUUUGUGUUGAAGUGCCGCUUAAAGGAGACUCGGUGUUUGCUUCCGUAGAAGCUGUCAUGUUCUCAUUAUGGUACAACAGAGGUGGAAGGCAGAGCAUGCAACCUGAAAAUGUUGAUACAGGAAUUGCUUAUGAACCGCUGGUGCAGAAGGAUCUGUUCGAUAUCGCAGAGCAGGAGGCGAUGAUUCAGGAAGACGAAGUUGGAAGUCCACAGUCGCCGCAGGAAGCUGUAGCGCUUAGAGUGUUGGAAAAUGCCAAUGUGGUACGUACGCGAGGAGUCAUUGAAAACAUGCAGACCGAAAACCUGUCAUCAGUGGCAAUACCAGUUGUUCCUGCAUCAGAAAAUGCUGAAGAGCUCCAAGCGGGAGACAGUGAGUCUGGAUUCAGCGACCGAAUGACGGAAGGUCGCGCUUCAGCAAAGUCUUCCGCAGUUCCCCGUUACAAAUCCCCAUUGUCUCCAAUUGCUGAUGUAUCACGAGGUGGAACAAUUUCCCGUGAAUCGAGUGUGCCAAGAAGCUUCGGCUCGACGGCGUCGACGCCCGUUUAUCCAAACAGGCGAAAGUACCACAUGAACGAUUCCGAAAUAUCCUUCAUGAUUAACGAGAUAAAGGUUUUGAACGAUGAAGAACAACGGAAGUCUAAGACACCAUCACAUUUGGAACAACUGACUGAAAACAUAAAUCAGCUGGAGGCGGAAAAGGCGGAGCUCUCUGCCGAUCUUUGCGCUCUCUCUGCAGAGUUAGAUAAGUAUAAAGAAAUGUCAACAGUACAAGAGAAUGCAUUAGCAGAGGUUAACAAAAAGCUGAAUGAAGUGGAGAAGGCAAAGGAACAUGCUGAAAGGACCAUAGCGGAUUAUGAAUUCAUUGUAACGGACCUAAAGCAAAGGCACAUCAAGCAGAAGGAAGAUCUUCAUGCUAAGUUGAUCGCUCAAGAAGAAGAGCUCGAGAAAUUUCGUGUGAUAGUCCAAUCUCAGGAAGAUUUGACUUACACGUCUGCGGAUCUCUCGGCACAGCUAGCUGCUGUGAAUGAGCGACUGGUGAUGUCAGAGGCCGCAAGAAUAGCCGCUGAAAAACGUUGUGAAGAUCUGAAGGAGGUAUACCAUGUCAUUCAAGCUUAG